AUGGCCUUACCACGGAUCGACACAGAGCUCCACAGCCUCCGCUCCGCAAGCAUUCGCCGAUUCCACUAUCAUUCUUGCGUCUCCCGCAUUUCUCCCUCGCACCAGAUACACAUUAUACUUUCCAAGCUCUCAAUUAACGUGUCUCAGCCUUCCAACCUCGCGAUCUCAGAUCCACCUACCUCAGCCCCCACCUCAGCUUCCACCACCGCACCCCAACCUAAGCCCACAUCCGCAUCCGCAAUGGGCGAGACAAACGGCAGCUCUAGCACGCCUCUUGGCGAUUUAAACAAUAUCUCCGCAGGCCAGGUUCGCCCCGGCGGUGCGCCCGCACGGGUCUACCUCAAUGAGAAGGUCGUGCCGUAUCUGCUUGACGGGAUGAAGUCUGUUGCGCGGGACCAACCUGCCAACCCUCUCCGCGUGCUCGGCGAGUUCCUGCUCCAAAAGAGCAAUGAGGUAGAGGGCGAGACCAAGAAGGACGCGGAGUAA